CAAUCCAUGUCUCAUCUGCCGGACACAAAAAAGCCUAGUUUUUUUUUUCCUUUGUUGCUGCUGCUUGUACUUCUCUGUUCUUCCUUUUCUCAUGUCUGCCUCCGUUGAUCCUCUUGUUGUUGGCCGAGUGAUUGGCGAUGUUGUUGACAUGUUUGUGCCUACGGCAAAUAUGUCUGCCUACUUUGGCCCCAAGCAUGUCACAAACGGAUGCGAUGUCAAACCAUCUGCAGCCACCAAUCCUCCAAAAAUGACUCUCUCUGGGAACUCGGACGAGCUGUAUACCCUGGUUAUGACUGAUCCUGAUGCUCCUAGUCCUAGCGAGCCCAGCAUGCGAGAAUGGGUCCAUUGGAUUGUUGUUGACAUUCCUGGUGGAACAAACCCAACUCGAGGGAAGGAGAUACUGCCAUACGUAGGGCCACGACCGCCAAUCGGAAUCCAUCGCUACAUACUGGUUCUGUUCCGACAGAGGGCUCCUCUUGGGCAUGUUGACCAGCCAGCCUCGCGUGCAAACUUCAAUACCCGCAUCUUCGCAGGGCAGCUGGAUUUGGGUUUGCCGGUGGCAACUGUUUACUUCAACUCCCAGAAAGAGCCGGCGAGCAGGAGGCGCUGAGCAGUGGCAAUAUCGCAUGCAUGGUGGCAUAUAUGCAUAAAGAGAUCAGCCAUGAUCGAUGAAAUAAUAUUAGAAGUAUCUUUUUUAAGUUUUUGUUUGAUGAACGUAGUAGUACUCUGGGUCGACUCUCUUCCUUCCUUUGGUUUGUGUUUUCUGGUGUAGGAGGGAGGAGGAAGUCAUGAAGUGCCCAUUAAUUAUCGGUCGUUUUUUCCGGCCGUUAAUAUAUGUUAGAACUAUGUUUAUGUGGUUCUUUGCUAUUGGAAUUAUUAUUAAUAU